UGUUGUCUGCGGUGUGAGGGAAGUGUCGGUCGGGCUGGGUGACAGCCACAUUCGUGCAAAUGAUCUCGUCCACGGGGGUCGUCAGUCAUGGAGCUUCUCGUUCGUUAUUUGGAUAGAAGCAAGCCUGUCAGCACUGACAUGACUCAAGAUCUAGUCAAGGAGGAGGAGAGCCUGAGAGAUGACCUGAGGUACUACUUCAUGAGCCCGUGUGAGAAGUACCGGGCCCGACGACACAUACCCUGGAAAAUGGGGGUCCAGAUUCUAAAGAUCGUCAUGAUCACAACGCAACUCAUCCUGUUCGGCCUGAACAACCAGCUGGUGGUUGCCUAUAAAGAAGAAAACACCAUGGCUCUGAAAAACCUUUUCCUGAAAGGCUACAGUGGGGUGGACGAGGACGACUACAGCGUUGCUGUCUACACGCAGCAUGCCGUCUACGACAGUCUGGUUUAUCUUCUCGACCAGUACAGCCAGCUGGGUCAGCUCUCCGUGGGACCGAUCAGUUAUGCAGAGGACGAAGAUGGGCAGGUGAAGCCUCUCACCAUCUGUAAGGAGUACUACAAAAAAAGCAGCUUGGAGCCCUCGGACGAGGCUUAUGAUAUCGAUGCCCAGCUUGAGACCAACUGUAUGUCACAUGCUCCAAAGACCGCACACGAGUGGAAAACUCAGAACGCCUCCUUCUUUGAACUGGACUUUUACAGGCUUGUUGACAUCAAAAUAACCUUUGAGCUGAAGGGAAUCAACCUACAGACCGUCCGAUCCCGGGAGCUGCCUGACUGCCACUCCUUCUAUGUCACGAUUACGUUUGAUAAUCAGUGUCACAGUGGGAAGGUGAAAAUAUUCCUGGACAUAGAUUUUGAAAGCAGUGCAUGCCGGGACUGGAAGAUAUCUGGGACUGCUCAGAAGAACACGCACUAUCUGCUGGUGUUUGAUGGCUUUGUUGUCCUGGUUUGCAUCACAUCUACCGCUCUGUGCACUCGUUCCAUCACGCUAGCUGUCAAGUUACUGCAGAGUUUAACAAGUUAUGAUGUGUGCAGCAUCUUUCUGGGAACGUCUACRUUACUGGUGUGGGUUGGAGUGAUCAGGUACCUGGGAUACUUCCAGAAAUACAACGUUCUGAUUUUAACCAUGAAAGCAGCCUUCCCUAAGGUCCUACGUUUCUGCUGCUGCGCUGGCAUGAUCUACCUCGGUUAUACUUUCUGCGGGUGGAUCGUUCUGGGGCCGUACCACGAGAAGUUUGAGGGCCUGAGUCGGGUYGCGGAGUGCCUGUUUUCUUUGCUGAAUGGUGACGACAUGUUCACCACCUUCGCCAAGCUGAAGGAUAAAAACACUUUAGUUUGGCUGUUCAGCCGAGCGUACCUCUACUCCUUCAUCUCCCUCUUUAUCUACAUGGUGCUGUCGCUCUUCAUCGCCCUUAUCACUGACUCCUACGAGACCAUCAAGAACUACCAGAGGGACGGGUUCCCGCUGACAGACUUGCAGAAAUUCCUCCAGAAUCAUAAAGAUUUUCCCGUUGUAGAGGAGAAUGGCCCGACAGAAGUUGAGCUCAGUAACACUUUACACUUCAGCUGCUACUGCCAACGGUACGAGGGCACUCRCAUUGAUGUUAAGAUGCUUCAGUAAUCCCCCAUCUUUCUCCAGACAGGUGUUGACACGAGAUAUAUUGUGGUCAAGGUAGGCAACAAAACAAGCUUGUUUACCUUUUUUUUUUAAAUCGGAAGCUCCUGAACCACACAACCAGACUUGUUUCGGUUCCUCAGAWAAGAUGUCAAAUUCUCUUUACAAGCUUCUGUAUUACUAUUCCUCAGAGGUACAGACUCAUCGAAGGUUAAAAUGUAGUUGGACUCGACUAUUUCAGUCUGUGAAAAUGAAGCACAUUAUGAGUUUACUGUUUGUAUAAUAAAUUCUGUAAUAGAAAUCUGUUCUUCAGUUAUUGUUUCAUAAAUUAUUUUUUUGGGAAUUGAA